UGUUAUUGUUUUUAACAUAAGUUAGCAGUAGUUAAAGUCCGGUUAUGCAUUUACAAUAUCCGCCAAAAACGAACAUCUGCUGCAUAAAAAAAACGGACAAUUUAUCAAGCGAGGACAUAGCAAAAAAGUACUUGACUUAAAAAAAAGGUUUGUCAGUGCGCUUAGCCAAGAACAGGGGUGAACCUUUACCACCGAUUCACUCGGAAGGUGACCGGAAUUACGUUGAUCACACUGAAUGUGAACAAUUCGUGCACUUAGAUCAUGAUUAUUUUGGUUUAGAGGAAGAAGUGAGCGUGUGUGAUGAUCGAUAUCCCUCUAUAGACAACAGUAAAAGCUAUGAUUGGCGAGUGGGUAGACAUAUUGUGGAAUUGAGUGUUCUUGCAGAUGGGUUAAGGGCCUGUCAGCUUUGCCAGUCCCCCCUACAUUUACAUGACUGCAUAAACGAACAAAAGUUUGGACUUUCCCAGGUCCUGGAAAUUAAGUGUGAAAGCUGUCAGCUAGUAAACGACCUUGCCACAGGAAGCCGUCAUCGGACAGAAAAGGGUGGGCUGGCAUGGAAUGCCAAUACAAAACUAGCAGCAGGUAUGGUCAAUGGAGGGUGUGGCGAAAGCCAUGUUAACACUCUUAUGGCAAUGCUGAAUAUUCCUGGAAUAUGUCAUAAAAACUUAAAAGAGAGAAAAAGGGAAGUUGGAGAGAAGCUUGAGAGAAUGGCAACUGCAUCAUGUUUAAGAAAUCUGGCAACUGAAGUAGCUUUGUAAAACUGAUUCUCAAGAGGAUGGCAUUGUUGUAAGUUUCGAUGGAGCAUAGCAAAAAAGAGGCACUGGCAGGUCUUAUAAUAGUCUUAUUGGUCAUGCCACUCUAAUAAGGCAGAAAACAGGAAAACGUGUUGGUUAUGCACUGAAGAGUAAGAAAUGUCAUAUCUGCAGUGCAACUAAAGAGAAAAAUGUAACACCAAGAAAGCAUAACUGUAAGAAAAAUUGGGAAGGUUCUGCUAAAUCAAUGGAACCAGCCAUGGCUUGUGAAAUGCUGCAGUCUGUUUUGGACCAGGUAUCCACAUUAGUGAUGGACAAUGAUAGCACUACGAUAGCUAGAGUGAAGUCAACCGUAGACAAGAACAUCAGAAAGCAGUGUGACAGUAAUCACACAAAGAAAGGGUUCACGGCUUCCCUCAUAGAACUGAGCAAGACCCAAAAGCUACUGCGAAACACUAAAGUCUGCUCCCACAUUGAAAGAUGUUUCAGCUACAGUAUUUCGCAAAACAAGGGCCAACGAGAACAACUAGCCAUUGGACUGAGCAGUAUUAUUCCUCAUUUGUAUGGUGAGCAUUCUAGUUGUGGAACCUGGUGCAUGGGUAAGGAGGAGGGAUAUAAACACAAGGCACUGCCAUAUGGAAAACCACUUGAUGACAAAGACCUUAGAGUGGCCUUGCAGUCUCUGAUGGAGAAAUUCAUACCUAGAUCAUCUGAAUUGGCCAAUAUGGGGUCCACUCAGUCAAAUGAAAGCUUUAACCAUAUGGCAGCUUCAAAAGCACCAAAGAGAUUCUAAAUAAGAGUUGCUCAUUAUCACCUGGUACAUAUACCAUGAAACACGAGACGCAAGGAUGCUAGGCUGAAAAGAAAGCGCCUGAGAAAUGCACAGCCAAGUGCCAAAAGAAGAAGACUGGAGCU